CCCGUCUUCAACCAAAACAGACACCAUGACUCAGUCGUGAUCGUUGACCAUGGUGUUAUUUCCCAUGGCGGGGGUUGUUCACAAACUAUGAUCAGUGUUGGUUAAGGGGAGAACGUUGUUGAAAUGAGGACAUCAUACCCGGAAAGUGAGACAAAUUGGGGAGAGUGCUUGACAUCGUCAACGAAUUGUCCCACAGUCCAUCGAAUCACGAGCCGAAGUAUUGCAAUGAACUUGAAAUCGUUUAGCGAGAACAACUUCGAAGAAGUCACGCACCAACUGAAGCGAUAGCAGCAGCGGCGAUGCUUGAUGAAGCAACGAACGCACGGUCACCGAAAAAAAAAAUCGAGAACCUGUUUCUUCCGUUUGUGAUGAUACUAUGCAUAGGCAAAUGGGGCCGACGACGAUGCGAGCACGGGUCAAGACGGAACAGGUGUGCCAGACACGGCCGGGGAAUCAAAAGUCGUUCGGAAAUCUGUGCAAAAUACAAGUUGUUCUCGAUUGUUGUCGUCUGCGUUGUGAUAUGCGUUUCUUCCCAUCCUUUUCGGUUGGUUGUUCCGAGUGUGGUGGUUGAUCGUUGGAAACCAGUUGCUGACUCGGAUGGGCUGUCCGAUGAACAGUUAGUGAGAAGUAAACGCCCGAACGAGAGAUAGAGACACAGAUUCAGCCGAAGACGUCCACUAACAGUGCCCGUUCGAUAUCAACCACUUCAUCGGCCGGGCGAGAUCGCGCCGAUCAGUUUCUGUCGUAACAUUCUUGAAGUGACUCGAGUUUUUGUUGAGCCUCUAUCUGAAGAUUUGCUCGGUUAUGGUGAUUUAAGGCGAUCUGUUUGUGCUAGAAAACCGUGAAGAUGCUGCGGAAGCGAAUAUUAAUUAGUAUUGCACUGGUUGUUGGAAUAUGUGACUUUGUUGCUGCGGGCCGUGGAGAAAAUAGACGAGGAUAUAAUGAUGCUGAUGAUAAUGAUUAUAAUACAGGGGGAUUUAUACAAAAUUCGAGAUACGAACGUGGCCGAGGAGUUCAAGGCCAACAAAUUCCCAUUGGAGGGCUACUUGGUGUGAACCUAUUUGAAAAAGUUGCAAUGGAUACGGCAAAUGUUUUCAAUAGUGUCAAUAAACAAAUUGGGGCCACAUUCAAUCAGUUGGCUCAACCGUAUGGUGCAGGACAACCAUUUUUCAGUGUUGGAUUUGGUGUUAACAAUGGAUAUCCAGGUUAUAUGCAAGGUCUUUAUGGGCAACCACAAGUCCCUGGACGCCCAGGCCAGCCAUACGGAUAUCCACCACCGCCACAUGGGCCGCCUCCACCUCACGGACCACCCCCGCCUCACAGACCACCUCCACCGCAUGGACCACCUCCACCAUAUGGACGUCCACCAUCGCAUGGAGGUUACCAACCAAGCGGUCAUGACCACCACCAUGAACACGGACAUGAACAUCACAAUCAUGGUAACCAUGGUCACAAUCAAGGUCCAGGAUACGCCAAUGGAUAUGAUCAUGGUCAUUAUCCAGGAAAUAAUUAUGGCCAUGGUGGAAACAACGGUCAAGGCCAAGGUUCGAACAACGGAAAUGGUCGGCCACAACCAGAUCGUCCAUCACCAUUGCCUCCAAAAACCCCGAUAAAUCCUACGCAAGUGCCACCAAUAUCUCCGAAUAUCAACAAUGGAGGUUCAACUUCUACGUUCCCACCUGUCCCUCCUCCUCCACCGCCUCCUGCUCCAGCUCCACCAACAGUUCCAAUUCAACCACCACCGGCAGUACCUGCUCCACCGCCGCCAACUCCAGCUCCAAUUUCUUCUACUACUACGGAAGAAAUUGAGGACGUUACUUAUGACAUUGAUAUUAGAGGCGAAUUUGAAGCUAACCAAACUCGCAGAAGACGUCAAUUAUUUCCGAAUCUAUUCAACUCCAUAGGAAACAUCGUACAAACCGGAGUCAACCUUGCAAACCCUGUUCUUGGAUUCGGACAAAGACCCAACGCUGCCCAACCCUACAAUCUCCAACCACAGCCAACUCGGCCAGUCCAGUUCAACGGUUUUCAGCCACAGCCUGUUACCCAAUCAUCGUUCCAGCCAGCUCCGUCAACUGCUAGUCCAAACUUCCAACGGACGACCAACGCUCCUCAAACACCUCCUCCGGCUCCGUCAACGAUUGCACCAUCCACUCAAGCGCCCUUGCCAGCACCUGAAACCCCCAGUGCAGAACCCGGUCUCCCAGAACUCAACCUUCAAAACCUUGGAGGAAGUGAUUUCACCUGGACUGCAGAAAAUAUCGGAACUCAUCGUAACCGACGAGACACAGACUCAAUUUUCUUCCCCGAUGACGAUAUUUUUGAUCGUCCUCUUCCGAUUCGUCCUCCCGCUCUUGUCAUCAACCCCGUCGUCAAGCAACCCUUCACCGAGUCCCAAGCCGGUAGCCAAGCCCAGUCACAGAAUAACUUCGGGGGAUUCGACCAGACUAGCGGAUCCCAAUCGCAAUCACAAUCCGUUCAAAACGAACUAGGCCAGUUCAACCAAAACGCUGCCGGAAGUACUUCUGGAAACAUCGCCACCGAUGGAUCUUCCGGUCAACUGAGCGCUGCCAACACAAUGCAACAGAGCUUCCAGACGGCUGAUUCUUCCGGAAGCAACAACGCCGCCCAGAGUCAGUCAGCAAACUUCGACAAGAACGGUAACCUAGCGUUAACCUCAUCCAACGCCAACACCAACUCGAUUCGAGAGAAAGACCGUUUCAAGGAACAAUCCAACGCAGGAUCGUCGUCCACCCUGCAGAACCAAUUCGGAACAUCGUCGAACAAUGCCCAAAGCAACUCGGAAACAUUCCACGAAAACGGGCUUCAAGGUAACAAAAACUCCGCCUCCAGUCAGUCACUGCAGACCAACAAGGACGGUUCCGUGUCCGGGUCGAACUCGAACACGAUGAGCAACACGUUCACCGGCCCGAACGGGCAGCAGGGAAGUUCUUCGUCGAGCCAGUCGUCCAGUUUCAAUCAGGGAUCCCCCAGCAAGGGCGAAAAGGGCGGUUCGUCAUCUAGUGCGUCGUCUUCGGCUUCGUCUAGCUCUGGCAACGGGGGUUCGUUUAGCAUAAGUGGAUCGUUUUCGGGUAUUCCCCCGUUUCAGGGAUUUCCCAACUUUUUCAACCAGUUGAAGGGGAAGUGAAAUUGGAAGCGACGAGAUGAGGUGAGAAGUGAUCAUUAGAUAAGAGAAAUAAAUUAUAAUAAAUAGUAGAUAAUGUGGAA